GCCAGGCAGCGAUUACGGUGAAAAGAUUGGUCCAAUUGGAGCUCAUCUGGAUCAGCUGUUGUAUCUUCUUGUCCUCGGAUAAAUGUAUGGAAAUCUUCGUCAAUACGUAAGGGAAACAAGUCUGUGCGGCCAACCAUGUCGAUGUUUCUGGCCGGUUUGGUCCUUGUGGUUUACGUCGCAGCUUCUCCAUUACAUAGCACCGCCGUGCCGACUUCGACGACUUCGUUUAUCCUGAUCGGUGAUAGCACCACAGCCAACGGGACUACACCGAACAGCGGUGGAUGGGGGAACGGCUUCUGCGGUUCCACGAACACUUCGACCCCGUCUUCUCUCCAACUAGGCACAUCUUGCAUCAAUAUAGCCCAUGACGGCGCGACAAUCGGCAUAUUUGUCGCUGACGGCUUUUGGAAUAUUUCAGUUGCGGCCAUCGAAGGAGAAGUGGCCAAAGGACAGCGUACAUUUGUAACUAUACAGUUCGGGCACAACGAUAUGAAGAUCGCUGACCCCGAAUCCAUGGGGACGAACUUGACCAUCAUGGUCCAAGAAAUCCGGGCUUUAGGAGCCGAACCGAUACUCGUUACAAGUCUCACAAGGAGAACCUUCAAUGAUAAUGGCACUAUCGCUGAUACUCUGCAGCCGUGGGCUGAUGAGACCAUCCUGAUCGCCGAGCAACAGGGAACCCAUCUUUUGGACUUGCACGAAGCCUCGAUAGAAUAUUGCGAAGCCAUCGGCCCUGAUGCUGCUCAUCGACUCAACAGGUUGCCAGAUGACAAUACUCAUCUAAAUGUCAAUGGCACCAUCGUCUUCGGCAGGAUGGUUGCAGAUCUUAUGGCAGCUAGUUUCCCCCUCUUCGCACUUCCUAUAAUUCCUAAUCCCCGGUUGACGUUUAAUAUCACGCAUGGGAUAGCAUCAUACUAAAUAUAUAUUUGUGAAUCCAUGUAUAGUUUUGACUUGCCAAAUGAUAGGAUGUUAUCAACAAUAUAGAAUACAUACAGUACAAUAGACAAGAAAAGGGAACGAUCGUGGGCUAUAUUUCUACUCCAAAUCUAGUAGUUCUACUCUAAUCUAAGGGAAUGACGUGAUACAAAGAGUCCAGAUUAUUUACAUACUUACAAGGAAAGAUAAUGAUAGUAUAUAU